GAAGUGACGUCAGGGAAACGAUGGCGGACCGUGCUGCUCUACCGUAUUGGCUUUAAACUGUCCUCAGAGGUGAGGAAUUGUACGCGUUUUCUUUUCGCUUUCUCAAAGGUUCUCUGAAGGAGGAUAGUGCUUUUAAUGCCGCAGCGGAUGGACGGUCGCGCUUCUCUCGGCUUUCGGCAGCACGGAGGCGUUUGUUCGACACUCCACUUGGUUUGACCAUCUUAGCCAACGAGCAUUUGCAGACGGUAUGGUUGACAUGCUAAAGACGCGCCAGUGUCUGCUCGGUGUGCGCACUUUCCUCGGCGUGACCUCCAGAAUAUGGAGCUUCUUCUUAUACAUCCUCAGGAAGCACAUACGGACGAUAAUCCAGUAUCAAACAGUGCGAUAUGACAUCUUACCAUUGUCACCCAUUUCCAGAAACAGACUCAGUGAGUUUUUUCUUCUCAAGUUAAAAACGUUGAUCCACUCGCAUCACGAUGGAGUUCUCAGACCUACAGUACGGCCUGGGACACCGCCAGACUUCGUCCUCAAAGUGGUAAUAGACAAACACCCGGUCAGAUUCUUUGUGCAUAAAAGGCCGCAUGUGGACUUCUUCCUGGAGGUGGUCAGUCAGUGGUAUGAAUUAGUAGUGUUCACUGCUAGUAUGGAGAUCUAUGGUUCUGCAGUAGCUGAUAAGCUGGAUAACAACAAGGGAAUCCUGAAAAGAAGAUACUAUAGACAGCACUGUACGCUGGAUUCAGGUAGUUAUAUUAAAGACCUGUCCGUUGUACAUGAUGACUUAUCAAGUAUAGUCAUUCUUGACAACUCGCCGGGAGCAUAUCGCAGUCAUCCAGAUAAUGCAAUACCUAUAAAGUCAUGGUUUAGUGACCCAAGCGACACAGCACUUCUUAACCUGCUGCCCAUGCUGGAUGCACUAAGAUUCACGGCAGAUGUACGAUCCGUCCUGAGCAGGAAUCUCCACCAGCAUCGACUCUGGUGAUCAUCCGACCGAGGGCUUUCCUCAAGUCCGCUCUUCUUUUAUUUCGUUUUUUUCCAACUGCUUCCCUUCGUGACAUCUGCCUGUCCGUUCUCCCUCGACUCUCCACCUCUCAGAAACGGCCUUACGUGACGGCCGUAGGGAAGGAGAGUCUGUCCCGAACUCAAAGGGGAUGGAACAGGCUAAAUUUUGGGGAAACUUUUUCCCAAGGUUUUUUUUUUCUUUCCCCUUCUUCGAAAUGGAGUCUCUGCCUUACAGCUCUACCUAUGCUGGUCGCGUGUGUAAGUUAUGUUUGUGGUAUGCGUGUAUGAGGACAUCUGCUGUUUUUCUUUUUAAAUAUUUGAAGAUAUUUGAGGCAAGAAAAACAGACCUUUUCGUGACUUGCGUUUUCAAUCCCAGCUUGGGACGUCAUACCUCACUGCACUGGUGCGAAUGGAGAUCUGCUCAGAACUGGCCAGCAGCACUCUGCACAUCCAAUAGAGUUCACUGGAAAACUGCUAAUGACAUGGAUUAUGACCGACUGGUAGAUUUCAGGGUUAUCAUGGUAGAGUUGUAUAUGCUAUUAUUGAGGUACUGUCUUGGGGUUUUAAUGACUUCUGUAUGGUAGGCCUGUCCAAAUUCGGAUCAUGGAGAUAAAUUAUGUGGCAAGUUUUAUUCUUCUGGUUAGUUCUCAUCCUAUUUUAUUCUUGGCAGAAAAUGAAUUUGUCAUGAUUAUCAGGGAGGAUGUAAUAGAAUACGAGCUUUGAAGAAGCUGAAUGACAGAUUUUAAGCCUUUCUGCGCUAAUUCUUCUCUACAGAAUGUAUGUGGUUGGUUAUGAAAUCCUACCACUUGGACGCCUUUUUACAAAUGUUUUUUUUUUUUUUUUUACUAUGACUAUAUUGUUUUACUUUACUAAACUGUUACUGUUGUGUCAAUUUCUUUGCACAGUUAGCCAAAGGUAACCUGUAGUGUGGGAUUUUAUCUGGGAUGGGGCAAAAAGUUUCCAUUAAGAAAACAAGGGAGAACCUGUGAAAAGGGCUGGUAUAGUCAUAGCAGCAGGUAAUAACCAUAUUCAAUGUACAAAGCAAUAAAUCUCUGGUAACAGUUACUUAGCAGUCACUCAUUAAAAAAUAUAUAACACAUUUAACUGUAAUCAUUUUGGUUUAAGUGUUUUUGUGAUGACAAUUUAAAAA